GACCGCACUCCGCGACUUGCCUGAACAUUCAGUUGACCAAGCAGUCAGUCCCGAUGGCGGAGCUUUUGUUCAUCCCCUCUUCCCAUUCGCAACUUGCGCCUCCUCUUUACAUCUACACCUUACCUGCGAGGAAGAGUUGCAACCUGUUCCGCGGCCCCUCGCUCAAUCACGGAUUGUGCUGAUGGCAACCGAAGAGAUCGAGCGACGCAUUUCGUCUUCUGCUUCGGUCCCCCAAUGGAAGUAUGAUGUGUUCGUGAGCUUCAGAGGCGAGGACAUAAGGAAGACCUUCGCGGCCCACCUCUUCCACGCGCUGAGGCAGGCUGGGAUCUACUAUUUCAGGGACAAUGACAAAGUGGAGACCGGGAUUUUCAUCGAGCCCAAGCUGCUCGACGCGAUUCGCCACUCUAGGGUUGCCCUCGUCGUGUUCACCACCAACUACGCCGACUCGCGGUGGUGCUUAAACGAGCUGGUGGAGAUCCUGGAGUGCAACAGGAGGUUCAGAGAUCAUCAGGGUCACGUGGUUCUACCCAUUUUCUAUGAUGUUGAGCCAGGGGACGUUCGGAAACAGAGCGGGCGAUUUGGGGAUGGUUUCGGAAGGUGUUUGGCCACCCACACGGACGAUUUGCUGGUGCAGAAGUGGAGGGAUGCACUUAAAGAAGCUGGGAAUUUGUCAGGAUGGCAUUUGAAUAAUGACGCUAAUGGGGAUCAAUCAAACUUCAUCGAGCAAAUCGUAGGACAUCUCGUCAGGAUCAGUCCUAGACGAAUCUCCCCCUAUUUUGUCAAAAAUCCUAUUGGGGUAGAUUCCUUUGUAGAUGACGUGAUAUCGUUGCUGGAAAUUGGGUCAGAGGAUGAUGUCCGUGUGGUUGGAAUAUGGGGAAUGAAAGGAAUUGGUAAGACAACGGUGGCCAAAAUCGUUAGUGAUCACGUUUUUAGGGAAUUUGAAGGUGUUAGCCUACUCGAAAAUGUCGGAGAUGCAAACCAAGAUACACUUUUACUUCUUCAGAAGAAACUUCUCCACGAUGUUCUUAAGGUACAAAAUCUAGAAAUGUUUGAUCUUAACAGCAACAUCAACGAGAUAAAAACUAAGCUCUGCCGAAAAAGGAUCCUUCUAGUUCUCGAUAACAUCACUAAGAAGGACCAAAUUGAGUAUUUCAGUGCUGGAGAUCGAGAAUGGUUCCGGCAUGGGAGUAGAAUUUUGAUAACUACAAGAGAUGAGCAGUUGCUGGAAGAUCUGAAAGUAGAUAACAAGUACAUGCUCCCAGGAUUGACUCAUAAAGAAUCGCUCCAACUCUUGAGUCGCCAUGCCUUCUGCAAAGACCACCCUAAAGAAGGUUAUGAAGAGUUGUCAGAGAGGCUUGUCCACUACACGGGUGGACUUCCAAUAGCUCUUAAAAGAUUUGGUUCCUUCCUUUCUAAGAAGAGAAAAAAUCAGUGGCAUGAGAUAUUGGAGAAGUUGGUGAGAGACCCUCAUCUUGACUCAGUUGGAUUACCUUUAGAACCAUUCUCCUCUGUUCUUCCCUUUCAGUCAGUCGGGCCAUACGGAGGUCAUGGUGGGCGUUCUUAUGAUGAUAAAACAUACACUGAUGUUAGAAAAAUAACUGUAGUUGUAACAUCAGUGAUUAAGUCCUUUUAUAUUGAGUAUGAUCUGAAUGGGUGUUUGGUCCGCUCACCAAGACAUGGUGGACCUUCGGAAGGCAAAAUAUGCACGGUAAACUUAGAUUAUCCAAAUGAGUUCUUAACUUCAGUGUCAGGCUACAUUAAAGAAGAUUCAAGUCCUGUCAUCAUUCACUCACUUAUCUUCCACAGCAAUAAGAGAACAUAUGGUCCAUUUGGCAAUGAGAGAGGGAACUAUUUCAGGUUCUCACCGACUGAUGGGAAGAUCGUCGGAUUCUUUGGGAGGUGUGGCAGUUCUAUCGAUUCCAUUGGGGCAUAUUUUGGACCGAUCUCUCUUCCAUAUCCCUUUGAAGAUUUAGGCCCAUUUGGAAAUAGUAAUUGUGAAGGCCUAUGGGAUGACGGCAAGCAUACAGAUGUUCGACAAAUUGACGUCAUUUCUGGUUCUGCAAUUGAGUCGAUUACGAUUACUUAUGAGCGAGGUCGUUCUUUUGCACACGGUACAAGUGGUGGAGGCACAACAAACAAGAUAAGUCUGGACUGGUUAAUUGAAUAUCUAACUUCAGUCUCGGGUUAUAUUACUAGUCAUUUUGGUUCUACUAUCAUCAAUUCACUCACAUUUCAAAGCAACAAAAGAACAUAUGGACCAUUCGGUACCGAAAAGGGAAGGUAUUUUUCAUUUCCAGCCACUGGGGGGAAGAUCAUUGGAUUUUAUGGAAGUUCUGGUACCUAUUUGGAAUCUAUUGGAGCGUACUUAGAACCAAUAUCUCAUCUCUAUCCAAUUAAGUCUAUUGGGCCAUUUGGAGGCCAAGGUGGACAGCCUUGGGAUGAUGGAAAAUAUAAUGGCGUGAAGAAAAUAAAGAUACUGUUGGAAAGUGUUGUCAACUACAUCGCCAUUGAGUAUGACAAAGAUGGCGAGUCCAUUUGGUCUUCCACACAUGGUAGAAGUGGCAAAGGCGAAGUUUAUAUGGUUGAUUUGGAGUACCCACACGAAUACUUAACCUCGGUCUCGGGUUAUAUCAGACAUGAUUUUGGCUCGGUUGUCAUUCGAUCGCUGACAUUUCAAACUAAUAUAAGAAUGCACGGACCGUUUGGUGAGGAAAAAGGAGGGUUCUUUUGCUGUACAUUGAUAUGUAGCAAGAUAAUUGGCUUUUAUGGAAGAUCAGGUGGCCAUCUUGAUUCAAUAGGAGUUCACUCAGAACCAAUUUCUUGUUCUGGUCCCUUCAAAUCCAUCGAGCCUUUUGGAGGUCAAGGUGGCGACCCUUGGGAUGAUGGUAUCCACACAGACGUAAGAGAAAUAAACAUAGUCGCUGGAUCCGUAAUUGACUCCAUUACUUUUGAGUAUGAAAACAAUGGGUCUACAGUCCAGAGCCCUAAACAUGGUGGAAAUGGAGGAGAUGAGACUUACAAGAUUACGCUUGAUUACCCUGGAGAGUAUUUGACUUCGUAUUCUGGUUACAUAAGAGAUGAUUUUGGAUCUGUUGUGAUUCGUUCCCUCACAUUUCAGAGCAAUGAAAGAACUUAUGGACCAUUCGGUAUCGAGAAAGGGAAGUACUUUUCAUUUCCUUCAACCGGUGGAAAGAUCGUUGGAUUUCAUGGAAGGUCUGGAAAGCAUCUCGAUUCGCUUGGUGUGCAUAUAGGACACUAUUUCUAUCCUGAUGGCGGAUCUUUUGUUCAUCCCCUUUUCUCAUUGGCAACUUGCGCCUCCUCUUUACAUAUACACCUUACCUGCGAGGAAGAGUUGCAACCCUUUCCGCAGUCUCUCGCUCAAUCACGGAUUGUGCUGAUGGCAACCGAAGAGAUCGAGCGACGCAUUUCGUCUUCUGCUUCGAUCCACCAAUGGAAGUAUGACGUGUUCGUGAGCUUCAGAGGCGAGGACAUAAGGAAGACCUUCGCGGCCCACCUCUUCCACGCGCUGAGGCAGGCGGGGAUCUACUAUUUCAGGGACAAUGACAAAGUGGAGACUGGGAUUUCCAUCGAGCCCAAGCUUCUCAACGCGAUUCGCCACUCUAGGGUUGCCCUCGUCGUGUUCACCACCAACUAUGCCGACUCGCGGUGGUGCUUGAACGAGCUGGUGGAGAUCCUGAAGUGCAACAGGAGUUUCAGAGAUCAUCAGGGUCAUGUGGUUCUGCCCAUUUUCUAUGAUGUUGAGCCAGGGGACGUCCGGAAACAGAGCGGGCGAUUCGGGGUUGGUUUCGAAAGGUGUUUGGCCACUCACCAGGAUGAUUUACUGGUGCAGAAGUGGAGGGAUGUGCUUAAAGAAGCUGGUAAUUUGUCAGGAUGGCAUUUGAAUAAUGACGCUAAUGGGGAUCAAUCAAACUUCAUCGACCAAAUCGUAGGAAAUCUCAUCAGGAUCAGUCCUAGAUCAAUCUCCCCCUAUUUUGUCAAAAAUGCUAUUGGGUUAGAUUCCUUUGUAGAGGACGUGAUAUCGUCGCUGGAAAUUGGGUCAGAGGAUGAUGUUCGUGUGGUUGGAAUAUGGGGAAUGAACGGAAUUGGUAAGACAACGGUGGCCAAAGUCGUCUGCGAUCGUGUUUGUAGGGAAUUUGAAGGUGUUAGCUUACUCGAAAAUGUCGGAGAUGCAAACCAAGAUACGCUUUUACUUCUUCAGAAGAAACUUCUCCACGAUGUUCUGAAGUUACAAGGUCUAGAAAUGUUCGAUCUUAACAGCAACAUCAAUGAGAUAAAAACUAAGCUCCGCUGGAAAAGGAUCCUUCUAGUCCUUGAUAACAUCACUAAGAAGGACCAAAUUGAGCAUUUCGGUGCUGGAGAUCAAGAAUGGUUCCAACAUGGGAGUAGAAUUUUGAUAACUACAAGAGAUGAGCAGUUGCUGGAAGAUCUCAAAGUAGAUAACAAGUACAUGCUCCCAGGAUUGACUCAUAAAGAAUCGCUCCAACUCUUUAGUCGCCAUGCCUUCCGCAAAGACCACCCUAAAGAAGGCUAUGAAGAGUUGUCAGAGAGGCUUGUCCACUACACGGGUGGAUUUCCACUAGCUCUUAAAGGAUUUGGUUCCUUCCUUUCUAAGAAGAGAAAAAAUCAGUGGAAUGAGAUAUUGGAGAAGUUGGUGAGAGACCCUCAUCUUGAUUCAGUUGGAUUACCUUUAGAACCAUUCUCCUCUGUUCUUCCCUUUCAAUCCGUAGGGCCAUGUGGAGGUCAUGGCGGGGGUUCUUAUGAUGAUAAAACAUACACUGAUGUUAGAAAAAUAACUGUAGUUGUUGUGAGAUCAGAAGUGAUCGAGUCCUUUACUAUUGAGUAUGAUCAGAAUGGGUGCUUAGUCCGCUCGCCAAGACAUGGUGGACCUUCAGAAGGCAAAAUAUGCACGGUAAACUUAGCUUAUCCAUAUGAGUUCCUAACUUCAGUGUCAGGCUACAUUAAAGAAGAUUCAAAUCCUAUCAUGAUUCACUCACUUACCUUCCACAGCAAUGAGAGAACAUAUGGUCCAUUUGGCAAGGAGAGAGGGAAGUUUUUCAGUUUCCCACCGGUUGCUGGGAAGAUCAUUGGAUUCUUUGGGAGGUGUGGCUCUUCUCUUGAUUCCAUUGGAGCAUAUUUUGGACCUAUCUCUCGUCCAUAUCCCUUUGAAGCUGUAGGCCCAUUUGGGAAUAGGAACUGUGAAGGCCUAUGGGAUGACGGCAAGCAUACAGAUGUCAGACAAAUUGAUGUUGUUUCUGGUUCAGCAAUUGAGUCGAUUACUUUUACUUAUGAGCAAGGUCGUUCUUUUGCACAUGGUACAGGUGGUGGAGGCACAACGAACAAGAUAAAUCUGGACUGGUUAAUUGAGUAUCUAACUUCAGUUUCGGGCUAUAUUACGAGUGAUUUUGGCUCUACUAUCAUCCAUUCACUCACGUUUCAAAGCAAUAAAAGAACAUACGGACCAUUUGGCUUUGAAACCGGAAAGAAGUUUUCAUUUCCAGCCACUGGGGGAAAGAUCAUUGGAUUUUAUGGGAGUUCUGGUUCCCAUCUUGAAUCUCUUGGAGCAUAUUUCGAACCAAUCUCUCAUCUACACCCCAUCAAGUGUCUUGGACCAUUUGGAGGCCAAGGUGGAGACCCUUGGGAUGAUGGAAAAUUUAAUGGUGUAAAGAAAAUAAAGAUGAUGUUGGAAGAUGUUGUUUGCUGCAUCUCCUUUGAGUAUGACAGUAAUGGUGUGUCUAUUUGGUCAUCUACACAUGGUCACAGUGGCAACGGAGAUAUCCAUAUGGUUAAGUUGGAUUACCCUCGUGAGUUCUUGAUCUCAGUGUCAGGCUAUAUGGGACGUGGUAUUAUUCGAUCACUCACGUUCGAAAGCAAUAUAAGAAGGCAUGGACCCUUUGGCAAGGAAGUAGGGAGCUUCUUUAGUUGUGCAUUGACGUGCAGAAAGAUAAUUGGCUUUCACGGAAGGUCUGGCAUCCAGCUUGAUGCGCUGGGAGUCUACUCUGAACCAAUUUCUGAUCUUCAUCUCUUGAAAUCCAUUGGGCCAUUUGGAGGACAAGGGGGAAGUCCAUGGGACGAUGGAGAUAGCACGGGUGUGAGAAAAAUAAUUGUAAAAGGUGGAUCGGCUAUUGACUCCAUUACUGUCGAGUACGACAAAAAUGGGUCUGUGGUUCAGGGCCCUAAACAUGGUGGAGGUGGAGGACAUCUAACACUCGAGAUUAAACUCAAUUAUCCUCGAGAAUACUUGACUUCAUUUUCUGGUUACUCUGGAUCUUUUAGCGGGGAUAUUGUUGUUCGCUCCCUCACAUUUCAAAGCAAUGAACGAACUUUUGGGCCAUUCGGUGAAGAGGUUGGGAAGUACUUUUCUUUUCCAUCAACCGGUAAAAAGAUAGUCGGGUUUCAUGGGAGGUCUAGAUACUUGAUUGAUUCACUUGGAGCACAUUUUGAGCCUUGACAUGCUAAGCUUUACCUUUAUGUUUCCAUGCGGUCGAUGGUUGAGUUUACACAUAAAUAUGUAUCAUCACGGACCUUCUUAGAAAUGUAGGGGUAUAGGUCGGUCUGAUGUUGUCAUGACCUUAUCAGAUUCUCCCAAUCCCUACUAAUCGGAAACAAAGGUUCCUCUCUACAAAUUCAGUGGAUUUUUUUUAUAAGCAUCUUUCUAAUAAAAGUUUUCCUUUGGCCUAUGUAA